GUGUAAUUGACAAUAAACAUGUUGAAUAGCUUUCGAAGCCUUGCGGCACACGUCGUGGGGCACCUCGCUCAUUGAAAUCGUUCACUGAGGUACUUGGACCGGGGCGACAGUAUUCGCUGUCGUGAUUGAAUGCGAUUUCGCUACCGUGUUCCACCUCAGUGGAGUUCCCUAACCUCAUUUCAUUGAUGGUGAAUGACUCAAUUAAAAGUCGAGUGGAAAAUGUCCCCGAACCAACACCCAUACAGAACAACUAGAUCAGAGGCGUAUCAGGGGUUGAUUCAUUGUUUUCUUGAUAUCAUUGGAUAUCAUUUCGUGAAUGUACGAGUUGCGCGACAUUUCUUCUGCUAGCAGGCUAGCAGUCUCGAACGGCUUGCCUGUCGAUACAUCGACGCUACUAGAAAAAAAACUAGAAACGAUACAUAUCGCUUUGACGGUGUUCGAGUUCGAGCUACAGCAGAACACCUAACCAAGUUCCCACAGAAGUCGGUCAAAACUCCAACAUUUUGUUCAUGUGCUGCUAAUGCUGUUUAUGUUUUGAAUCCAACGUGAUUCCUUUGGGUUGAGGAUAUACUUUCAACUCUCUCAAACGCAUAAUGAUGCUCCGGGUUUUGCCGGACCUUUGCCACAAGAGCGCUGCAAGAGCUCAAAAAGCUGUCCGUCGCUGUUUCUCAAAAAGUUCUUCGACUUAUAAAGACAAUGACAAAAUCAAUGAGGAUGUCAGUCUGCCUGGCAGCGAUGGUGAAAGUGGCUGCGCACCACAAAAGAAAUUUCAAUAUCCCAACAUAUCUGUUAAGCCUAAGUUGAUAAAUUUCCCUUAUGACAUGGAGGAAGAUCCUAUUAAGCGAACAGGCCAAGCCUUAAUGUUUGACUACAAAGUUGCGAAGGCCAAAUUGCAAGGGAAACCACCGCCGCCCACCCCUAGGGAGUCUGAUAUUCUGAUAGUUGGUGGUGGUGUUGUUGGGAGUUCAAUUGCACACCAUCUUCUGGAGCGUUGUGGCCCUGGACUCCAAGUUUCCAUUCUUGAAAUGGACUCUCCGAACUUAUCAACAUCUCUUCAAGUUGGGCGUAAUGACUUGUACCAACAAGUCAGUUUAAAGCCUAAUGUUGAAAUGGCGCUUUAUGCUUCAGAGUAUUAUCGCAAAUUGUGUAAGCAUCAUAAUCCAGACUUACCUGAGAUGUCUAUAGAUUUCCAACCCAAUAGCUCUCUUUACCUCGCUCCUGAGGAAGGUGUCGAAGAGUUGGAGGGCCGUGCUGAAAUGUACAGAGAAUUGGACUGGAAACAUCAGUUCCUCACACCAUCACUGUUAAAACGAAGGUUCCCUUGGCUGAAUUUGGAUGGUGUGGCUGCAGGAUGCCUGGGCAUGAAUAGAGAAGGAAUAUGCAACAAGUUUCAAGCUGUAGCCGCUAUGAGAGCUCAGGCCAAACAGCAGGGUGUCAGUUUUAUUGAAGGAAAACUUGUUGGGUUUCAUUUUAUAGACCAAACAGACCUUCUCACUGGCUAUGAACAGCAAGCCCGAUAUUACUCUCCCAGACGUGUAGUGGUACAAUCCAAAACCGGUGAACUAUCUCAACAUACUUUUGGAUAUUUGAUCUUUGCUGCUGGGGUAUCUGUUCAAGAUUUGUUACACAAAAUAAAUAUUUUACAACUUGAUAUGAAUAUUCCAAUUGAGGCAGAGGAGAGGUUUGCUUUUGACUUUGUUUGUCCCAAUGGGCCUGGCAUUGAAAUGCCUAUGAUUAUGGAAUCAAAUGGAUUCCGUUUCAGAAAAGCGGGAUAUUGUCAACAGCUAUACUGUAUGGGAUGAUCAAUCUCCACCAAAGGAAAAGCCAAAAGACUUCUCAAAGGACUCAAUUAAUGCUUACUUCUCUGAAAACAUUCUUCCCCGUCUCAUUCAGAGAGUACCAAGUUUUAAAAAUGCCAAACUGACCUCAUUUGACUCUGGACUGGUUGAUGUCUGCACAUGGGAUGAUAAUUUAUUAGUAGGUCCAGUUCUAGGAUUCUAUAAUGUUCUUCAUGCAGGAGGUUUUGGCAAUGAUG